GGGGUUCAGUAGAACUGUGUGAGUGGCGCAGCUAAUGGGGGGAGAGAUGGAUUUGGUGGGGAAGGUACAACAUCAAGCAGAAGAAUGGAUUACCACACUGGAGGAGGGAUGCGAGCAGAUGCAGACGAUAGUGGGGUUGCUUCUGCAGCGGCAGCAAAAAGGGGGGGGGAUCAAUGGGGGAGCGAUCUCAAUAAACCAGUGGUUGGAAGAUAGGACUCCGGAGUUGUUAGACAUCUUGUGGGAGCUGGAGGAGGGGCCGGAUCCCCGGCUCGAUGUCUACAUCGACUGGAGGCGGGCGGAUGACAGGUUGGCUGCUUGCAAAACCCUCUUCACAUUGGGGCGAGAUCUACACAAUCAAUUGGAGUAUUGGUAUGGAUUGCUGGCGGGUGAAGAUGAGUGCGGCGAGAACACAAAUAACAGCAACAACAUCAGCUACAGCGACAUCAAGGAUAGGGAUCGUGUCAACAAUAACAACGAUGAGGGGGACGACGUCCACAGCUACAGCACGAUGGGAGUGAUACUGCAGGUGGACGCGGAAGAUAAUGGAGACGUUGUUGUGGAAGAUAAUGGAGACGUCAACCACAACAACAACAACAACAACAACAAUGAUGGCAACGAUGGUGGCAGCGACAAUCAUGGCAGCAGCAGGGCAGAGAGUGGUGUCCGUGCAUCCGACGUCAUCAUCAGCAUGGACAUGGAUGAUAACGGUGGUGACAACAACAACAACAACAACAACAACAACAACAACAACAACAACAUCAACAACAACAACAACAACAACAGCAACAACAACAACGAUGAUGAUGGGGGAGGCGACGGCCACGGCUGCCGCAUGAGGGGAGUGAUGCAGCAGAUGGAUGCGGAUGAUAAUGGGGACGACAACAUCAACAACAACAACAACAUCAAUAACAACAACAAAAAAAACGUUGAUGACGGAGGGGGCGACUUCCAGGGCAGCAGAAUGAUGGGUGAGAUGCCGCAGGCAGACGCGGAUGGAAUGGCGGUGGACACGGGAAGCUGGGUUUCUGACUUCCGCCUUGUUAUACUUUUUUGCCUCAAUAUGGAGUUGAUUCUCGUUGCCUGCCAGAGGAUAGGAGUGGGAUAGUCAGUGAUGAUUGGUGUUGCCCGGCCCGCAAUACCAAUCAACACUGGGGUGGUGAUCGCCUCGCGGUAUUGGUGGUGGGCAGUUUAGGGCUUACGUUGCAGGAGGUCGACCCUUCUCUUGCACGCCUGAUAUUCAUCACGUCUAACUCAUCAUUGUUAGGGUUUCGUGAUGUUCACUCAUCAUUGAUAGAGCUUUGCUCUUAUGCUUGAUUGAUAGAGAAUAAAUCAUAUCCUGCUUA